AUGCCUGGGAUCGUCAUCAGCGCGUUGCUGGAAUUCACCCGGGCAUACCAGCAGAAGGCCCUGGCGCAGCUGGACCACAUAUCGAACGACGACGAGAGGAUAUACAAGAGGUACCCUCUGACUGUGCGCGAGUAUGGGGAGUGUGAGGACCUGGGAAGGCAGUGGUGGACUGAAGUGAAGAGUACGCCAGCGGAGGGCUGGGGCAAUGUGCCAGCUGAUGACGACACCCAGGGACGUGGCAAGGAGGACCUGGCUACUGGGGACCUCGUCACCAAGGGGAAAGGCAAGGAGAGAGCUGACAAUGACAUCGGGACAGGCAUGGUGGGUGAGCGUAUCGUCCACGUGGAGGCAGGGGAGGACAAGGGAAAGGGCAAGAGCAAGGAGAAGGUGCAGGGGAAGGUGGCGCAUGUGAUGAGCGAGAAAGAGGAUGGGGGACAGGGAGAGGGAGAGGGAGAGGGAGAGGGAGAGAAGCAGGAGGGCGAGGACGAUGAUGAUGCCGACAGUGACGAGGAUGACGAUGCCGACAAAGAUGAUGACGAUGAGAUGGCGGAAGACAUGCUGGGUGCAGGCCAGCCCGAAUCCAUCGAGGUCGAUGCGGCCUCCCCCCCUCUGCCAACUGCCACACCAAUAUCGAUCUCACCAGCUGCCCCAUCACUCCGAAAGCGCAAGGUGGUCAUCACAGAGUCGAGUGAGAAGAGUGAGAACGAGGAGGCAGCUCCGAAGGCGAAGCAGAUGAAGCCAAUCGAGGUCGCAAAGGAGAAAGGCGAGGCCCCGACCACCUCUGGUCGAGCGCAGCAUGCGCAGAAGAGGAUGGUGCAGACCGAGGUGGAGGGCUCGAAGGUGAGCACGAAGAAGAGCGGGAAGAGGAAGGCGAAGGAGUCAAGCAAUGAAGAGGAAGUACCAACUGUCAAGCCGCCAAAGAAGAAGCGUGCGACGAAGGAAUACAAGAGCAAGGAGUUCAUCGAAAGUGAAGAUGAGACUCCAGCACCGCCUUCCAAUCUACCUGCCAAGACCGCAGGGGACUCUAACGAUGGUGUUGCGAAGACGAACACCCCUGCCAAACCUGUCAAACAGACAAUGAGGAUGACGGUGUCGCCUCAUGUCGCACUGAAGGGGAAGGGGAAGGGGAAGGCAAAGGCGACGGUGAAGGGGAAGGCGAUGGUGAAGGCGAAGGCGAAGGUGAUGGUGUCGCAGAAGGACAUGUGGAAAAAGACGUCCACCCGCGUGUCUGACUUCAUGUGGGCACAUGCAACAGAUUCGCUCAUCCCUUGCGUUGGCUGCCAGGAGAAAGAGUGGCCAUGCAAGCUCAACACCGCCAACUUCGGUCGCUGCCUCGAAUGUCCAGCAUGA